AUGCACACGCUGAGAAACAGUCUCUUGGUCCUCGGGCUCAAGGCCGCCCUUGCGACGGCAACCGACACGACGCGCACCCGCACCGUGACUACCACCGUGAUCACUUGCGCCGCCUCAUGCUGCCAUGCCGGCUCCAGCUUCAACACCACCUUGCCAGCUCCCACUGGCUUUGUUCCACCGUCCUCAACCUUCCUUUCGACACCUCGCACCUGCUCCGCAUACGGUUGUCGCGGCACCCCAUCCUCCGCUUCAACCGUCCUUGCUUCUUACGGAACCGGACUUCCGUCCCAUCCGCCCGCCAACACCAGCGUCGGAUCCCCAACCGCGCCUUCUACCGCAAGGGAUGCUUGCGGCCCUCCCGUCCGCCGCACCUCUCCGGCCAGGCACGCCACAUCAUACCCAAACUCAACCAUGCCCUACACGCCUUACCCGUCGUCGUCCCCGAACACAUCCCUUCUUACGUACGCGACGCGCCCUGCCACGCAAAACCGCUCCCGGCCCUACAACACGGCCGUGUCCACCUCGUUGGCCGCCGAUAACAGCUCCUCCGUCGGCUUCACUGCGCCUCUGCCGACUCUCCACACUUCCUCCGGGAGCCCGCGCGCCACUCGCACGCCUCUGUACGAGUCGAGCGCCGACGCUGCGGGGGUAAACUCAACGCAGACCAGGGCGUACCUGCCUCCUCCCGCCACCACUCUCGUCACCACUGCCAGCGAGCGUCUGGCGAGUUCCUCCCAAGACCUGGAUUUGCCGCCAUACGGAACUCCAACUGAGGGGCCGCCGGAUUACCGUGACCCACCUUCGUAUGCGGGAUACAAGGUUUGA